ACAAGCUAUUCUAAAACUACUAAUAUAGCAACAACAGAUCAUUACUUGUGUGAUACUGCAUCUCCUUAAAAGGAAAAAUGAGCUGGUCUGGAGGAGAUUGGAUGUGUGGUGUUUGCCAGCACAUAAAUUUCAAGAAGAGGGAUGUAUGCCAAAGUUGUGGAUACCCCAAGUAUGGGGGUCCUGACCCAUCAACCUAUAGAUACAACAAGAGUGAAGCACUGGCAGGGGACUGGUUUUGCACUACUAUGAACUGUGGAGCUCACAAUUAUGCAAGCAGAUCAAAUUGCUAUAGAUGUGGGACAUUGAAAGAUGAUUAUUCUUCAGGAUAUGGAGGGAACAUGGCAGGUUCUGGAGGAUAUGGAUCCGACAGUUUCCCACCAGGAUGGAAGACUGGCGACUGGAUUUGCCCAAGAAUUGGAUGUGGAGUGCAUAAUUAUGCUAGCAGGACAGAAUGCUUCAAAUGCAAAAUGUCAAGGGAUUUUGGUGAGAAAAGUUUAGUCUUCUGA